AUGGAUAACGUUGAUGAGAAUAUUAUCUUUAACGAGAACGAAGUAGAAGAUAAUUUGGCCUCCGAUGAAUUUAGAAUAAAUAAUGAUAAUGUAAUAUCCCUGACCCAGUCUCUUAGAACUGCACUCCCUUCUCAAGUCAUUUUCACUCGGGCCAAUUUGUCCGAUAAAUCUGAUUACUAUGAGGAAUGGCUCCAGAAGUGCGUUGCCUGGAUAGCGUUGGACUCUGGGGUUAGGAGGAUGGACUUUUACUCUCUGGAGAAGAUUACUAACUUCGUCACUAACCACAUCAAAGCUCUUGGUCGUAAGGCUACCCUGCUGAGCAGGACUCGUGGCUGCGAAACCACAAAUUUUGUUGACGUUAUGAAGGCUUUGGAGGAAGUAGAUCCAACGGUCUACAACUACAUUUUUAAGGAGAAAUUGUCUUCCAAGACGAAACAACUGCCAAAAAAAGUGCCAAUUGUGUCCCAUAACUACCUGACUCAACCAGUUGCUCUUUCACAACCCUCGGCUCUUUAUUUCCAGUGUAUGAUAAAUGCAACUGAACUUUUAUCUGAGCUUAACAGUUCUAAUAGUAGCGGGUUUGGUAGUAUGGGAGGCUUAAAUGUGUAUAACAGUAUGAGUUUCAGUAAACGAGAUAGUGAUGGGAAAGGAUUAAAGCCUCUUGAAUUACUGGAUAUGGAAUAUUUUUUAACAUACACAACUCGAACUCCAUACUCCUUUAAGAUGGAUGAAGUUUACCAGAAAAUUGUGGCGUCCAGACCCAAGUUUCUACACAAACACAUGCCUCUACUACCCCCAGAGUUCAUCUUCGGCCGUAACGAUGACGAUAAUUUAAGUUACGACCCUGAUCCUGGAAAGCAAUCGGAUAGUCUAAUGAGUCAAAAUAUUCUCCUGCAAUCAGAUUUACCAAUGUUACAUAGAGUACAAAUCGAGCCCGAUUUACAACAUCUCAAUACCAAUUUUAAUAAUGAACAUAAUACUAAAUAA